AUAACUUGGAUUAAUUACAUAACAAGAAUUCAUUUAAUUGUGGAAAACAUCAUUUGUUAUCAUCAAGAGGAACUUUGAUCAGCAUUUAACAGUCAUUUUCAUCAUCUUCUUCUUCUUGUCUUCCAUCAUCAAUUCAGUUCAUCAUUAGAAUCUAUUUGCUUGUCCAACCUUCCAUUUUUGCUCCCAUUUUUAUUUCUCUCUCUCUCUUUUUCAGCUUAUUUUCUACUAGACAUCAUCAUCAUCAUCCUCAUUAUCAUCAUCAUACAAAAUAACAACAACAACAACAUUGGAUUAAUUUAAUUUGUUUCCUUUGAAAGUUAAGUAAUUCUGAUUGACAAGUUGAUCUAAACGCUAAAGUGUCAACCAACAAAUUAGAUAUUGAAAUCGUUUGUAUUUAGUUUUUUUUCACAACCUCAACAAUUAAACCUACAAACAAUGAAUCGUGGUAAUUGUUUAAUCAAAUUUGGUUUCAAUAUUAUAAAUCACCAAUCAUCAAGAUCGCUCUGGAUAACAAGUUGCUCAUUAAAUCAACAACAACAACAAACUAAUUUGGGUGAUUAUGAUUUACCACCUUUCGUUCAUCCAAGUUUAUCAUAUGCUCAGGGACGAAGUACCAAACCUUUCACCUUGGAAACUUUAUCACAAUUACUUGACGAAAGAGCUUCUAAAGGUGGAAAUCGGAUAAUUUAUACUUCACAUCAUGAAAAUAAAUUUCUAUCAACUUCCAUGUUAAGAGAUGGAGCUCAUAGACUUGCAUUGAUACUCCAUCAUGAAUUGGGAAUCAACAAAGGAGACAUGAUUGGUAUAUGGUCAUUAAAUAUCACCAAUUGGGUUCUAAUUAAAUUUGCUGCUGAUUAUUUGGGAGCUGUUCUUGUAACAAUUAACCCAUAUUACAAGACUGAUGAACUUGCCUAUUUAAUUGACAAAUCAAAGUGUAAAAUAUUAUUUUUACCUGGUGAAAAUUCAACCCAAUUAGAUUAUAACAAUUUCACUGAAAUCGUUCAAAGUAAUAGUUUUAAAGCUCAAGUUUCACAGACACAAUUAAGACACUUGUUUUUCAUUGAUGGAACCCGGAAGCAAGACAAAUAUGGCGAUUAUUCAGUUUUUACCUUUGAUGAUUUUCCUGAAUCUAAAGUUUAUCAACCAAUUGAUACUAAUCAUGAUCCCGAUCAACCUUCAUGUCUAAUGUUUACAUCUGGAACCACUGGUAAACCUAAAGGAGCACUUUUAUCAUCAUUUGCAAUGAUUAACGAUUGUGAUUUUGCCUCUGAUCGUCUUGGUAUAUUUGAUGGCGAUGAAAAGAUUUGUUGUCCAUUACCUUUUUUUCAUUCAUUUGCUUUUACUCAUGCAUUGGUCACCUCAGUUGUCCGAGAUACUCCUAUCGUUAUCAAUGGUUACAGAUUUGAUGUGAAAACUGUAGCUGAAGCAAUUAAGCAACAUAACUGUUCAACUUUACUUUGUACACCAACGAUGGCCAUUGAUUUAUUGAGCUAUUUGGACGCGACUAAGAUACGAUUAGACUCAUUGAAAAAAUUUUGUUUAGGAGGAGCUCUAUCCGAUCCUGGAGUAAUCCGAAAGAUUAAAAGUAAAAUACCUUCAGUUUCAACGGUUCUAAAUGGUUAUGGAUCAACUGAAUUAAGUCCUGCUGUUACAUUAGCAAGUUGGAAUGACGAUGAAAAGUUAAUUGAAUCAACUGUUGGUCGCCCAUUGCCUUACACUGAAGUUAAAAUUGUUGAUCCAAUUACAAAUAAAUUAGUUAAACACAAUGAGAAAGGUGAAAUAAGGACCAGAGGGUUUAAUGUUAUGCUUGAAUAUUUUAACGAUGAACAAAAAACUAAGGAAACAAUUACUCCUUCUGGAUGGUAUCUAACAGGUGAUUUGGGUCAAAUGGAUGAAAAUGGUUUUCUCAAAAUCGUUGGACGAAUCAAGGAAUUGAUUAUUCGUGGUGGUGAAAACAUUUAUCCACAAGAAGUUGAAAAUAUCUUAAUGAGCCAUCCCAAGAUAAUUGAAGCUCAUGUUUUUGGUAUACCUGAUGAACGAUAUGGUGAAGAGAUUUGCUCUUGGGUUACAAUUGAUCAAACGGAGCCAAAAUUAACAACCAAAGAGAUUAGAGAUUUUCUCAAAUCUAAAUUAACUUAUUUCAAAGUACCAAGGCAUAUAUCAAUUGUGAAAGAUUUCCCAAUGACAUCAACUUUCAAAGUAUCCAAAUUAAUUAUGAGGGAAAAGACCAUUGAAUUAAUGAAACAAUCAACCAACAAUUAACUGAAUACCGUAUAUACAUAAUAAUCUGACUGAUUGAUCAAUUAAGGACUAAUCAACACAAUUAAAUUACCUAAUUGUAAACAAAAUAUGAGCUCGUUUGAUUAGACUAAAAUUAUUACAACUUGACCAACAACAACAAUUAACUGGUCAAUUUUUAAAUCAAUGAAAAGUUAAUUAUGUUAAUAUUAUUAUUGGAUUGAACAAUUAACUGUUUCAUUAUAAUUAUAAAUAUAUUUUAAUACUUAAUUUGAUUUUUAAAUAAACUUUUCCAAUCUUCUUGAUCAACAAUUAAGAGGUAAACAAAUUGUUUAAUUAAUCAAUGAACACUAAAAGAUAAUCAAUCAAGUUGAUUAAACUACGAAAAAUUUACUGUCAAAUGUAAAUUUGUUAAGAACGAUGAUUUAGAAUUGAUUGUUAAUCAUUAAUUGAUUACUAUUAAAACUUGAGAGGGUUAAUUGUCAUCAAGUUAACAUGUGAUCAUAUAAAUAUCGUACUGAUCAUAAUGGUUAAUCACUUAAUUGUCAUUUGAUUAACCACUUCUAACAUUAGUUUUUUAUUAAUUUCCUUGUAGUUUAUUUGGUAAACUUGUACUUAACCAUUUUAAUUGUGAUUAACUUAAUAUAUUAACACAACAAUCAAAAAUUGAA